UAUUGAUGGGAAGUGAUAAUUCAAAGGCAAAAGCUCAAAAAAAAUAGAAUCCUCCUCCUUAAACUUCAGCUCCAAAGCCACCUCCAAAGAAGAGACCAUAAGAGGAGAAUGUAUAAAAUUAUUUUCUAUUAUACAGAAUUGGAUGUAUGAUUUGAUUUUACAAUAUUUGGCAUCACCUAUAUGGAGAAACCCAAUAUCAGACUUUUUAGAUGAACAUUGUAUUAUUUUUGAUGAUGAAGAAGAGAAUAAAAUUGUCUAUUAAGAGAUUCAUAAAGUACCAAUGUAUAAUAUGAAAAAUAGAAAUUCAAAAAUAUGAUUGAAGCAAUGAUGGAAUAAUUAAUGUAGGAUAUAGGAGUAGAUGAUGAAGAAUAUUUAAGAAAAGUAAUAGAAAUAGGAUUGAAAAACAAAAAACAUAAAAAGUAUUUUGAAUAGCUGCUUGUUGUGGAAAAUUUCUUAGUUUUCAAAAAAUUAAUGUUGAAGAGAAAUAAGGAGUUAGAAUAUGAGGCAUUGAAAGAAUUAUAAAAAAUAGAUGUAAAGAUAUAAACUAAAAUUUUGAAAGGGAGGAAAAAGUUUAGAAAUGGAUCUUAAGGUAAAAUAAGCUGAAUUAGAAAAAGAGAGAAUGGAAAUAGAACAUGCUGUUGCAAUGUCCAUCGCAGUUGAAUAAUAAAAGAGCAAACUCUAAAUUUAAGAAGAGGAAGAAUUAUAAGAAGCAAUUAAAAUGAGUUAAAAAUUAUAUGAGCAAUAACGUACUUAUUCCAUUAUUUAUUUCUAGAAUCAUAAAUAAACAAUAGUAAUACAGAAUAGCAAUAAUUGAUUCAUCAGUAACCUUAAGCUCCUUAAUAAUAAUAAUAAAUCUUACCAGAUUAAAAAGUAGAAUCUGUUUUGAUCUUUGAUGAUGAAGUUGCAGCAGAGAAAAAUCAACCAGAUAUUGUUGAAUAGAAGCAAUAAUAAAUUUAACAGAUAGAUGAACCAAAAUAAUAAAAAGUUAAAGAUACUCUUCCUUAAAUUGUUCAAGAGAAAAAAGAAGUUUUAAGUUUAGCACAAGAAAGAGAAGCUUUAAUGAAUUAAGGAAAUUAAUUAAAAGAAAAUCUUAAAGAAAUAGUAAUACAAUUUUAUUUAUUAUAUUAGGAAGAAACAUUUAAAUAAAAUAUGAAGAAUUAAUAAGAUUAAGAAACUUUAGAAUAAAGAAAACUAAGAUUACAAUAACAAAGAGAAUUAAUCAAAUAAAAGAAAAUGAAAGAAAGAAAAGAUGAAUUAGAAUAAUACAAAGCUGUAAUUAUAGUAACAAUAAUAAUUAGGUAGGGGAAUAAGACAAAUAAGUUUAAGAAGUGUAGGACAAAGAAAAAGGACCUUUAGUUGUUGAUAUGGUUUAAAUUGAAUUUAUUUUAGAAUGAUUUUGUGGCCGAUUAAAAGAGAGCUCAAGAACUUGAACUUAAAAAGUAAGAAUUACGAAAAAGGGCAGAAUUAUUAAGAAAGAUUAAAUAAGAUUAAUAAGAAUAAAGUUGAAUUACAG